UGUGUGUGUGUGUGUGUGUGUAGGCCACAGGGCUUCAGUCAGCCUUGUCUGCCACACAGCACCUCUUCCCUUCUCACGCUGCUGCAGUCUCCUACAUUCUCCUGCAAUCUUGGGCUCCCUCUUGGCCACCCAAUUAUGCCUCCCAACCUCACAGGCUACUACCGCUUUGUCUCGCAGAAGAACCUGGAAGACUACCUGCAGGCCCUAAACGUCAACGUGGCACUGCGGAAAAUAGCACAGCUGCUGAAGCCUGACAAGGAGAUCGAACACAGCGGCAACCACAUGGUAGUGAAGACCCUCAGCACCUUUCGCAGCUAUGUCAUGGAAUUUGAAGUGGGAGUUGAGUUCGAGGAGGACCUGAGGGUCGUGGAUGGACGGAAAUGCCAGACCACAGUGACCUGGGAAGAAGACAAGCUAGUGUGUGUGCAGAAAGGCGAGGUCCCCAACCGGGGCUGGAGAUACUGGAUGGAGCGAGACAUGUUACAUAUGGAGCUGACAGCGAGGGGCGCUGUGUGCAAGCAGGUCUUCAAGAAGGUCAGAUAGCCCGGGAGGAGCCGAGCCUCCAGACUCUGCUUUGUGUGCCUCCUUCCAGCCCAGACUGUGCCGGGUCAGCGUCCCUCUCUCCUCAGCCACUUGCCUCCCUCUGGACCCUCCUCAGCCCCCACCUGUUAAUCGGUAACUGGCAGUCCCCAGGUCAAAGUCCUUCCUGUCUCACACUACUCUGCCCAACAGCAGUCCCUGUCCCAGGUCAAGAUCUGGCCUCCUGGGUGUCAGAGCCCUCGAACAAAACCUGGUCUUUUUCGUU